UGUUUUUUUUCCUUUUAGGUCACGGGAGGCUCCAGCGGCAUCGGGAAGUGCAUUGCUAUCGAGUGCUACAAACAAGGAGCAUUUAUAACUCUGGUUGCGCGGAAUGAAGACAGGCUGCUGCAGGCAAAGAAAGAAAUUGAAAAACACUCUAUUAAUGAUAAACAGGUGGUGCUCUGUAUAUCAGUGGACGUAUCUCAAGACUAUAGCCAAGUCGAGAAUGUCAUAAAACAAGCGCAGGAGAAACUGGGCCCAGUGGACAUGCUUGUAAACUGUGCAGGAAUGUCACUUUCAGGAAAAUUCGAGGAUCUUGAAGUUAGUACUUUUGAAAGACUAAUGAGCGUCAACUACCUGGGCAGCGUGUACCCGAGCCGAGCCGUGAUCACCACCAUGAAGGAGCGCCGGGUGGGCAGGAUCGUCUUUCUGUCCUCCCAGGCGGGGCAGGUGGGACUGUACGGUUUCACCGCCUACUCGUCGUCCAAGUUUGCCAUCCGGGGACUGGCCGAAGCUUUGCAGAUGGAGGUGAAGCCGUAUAACGUCUAUGUCACAGUCGCCUACCCACCUGACACAGACACCCCUGGGUUUGCAGAAGAAAACAAAACAAAACCUUUGGAAACCCGCCUUAUUUCAGAGACCACAUCGAUUUGCACACCAGAGCAAGUGGCCAAACAAAUCGUUAAAGAUGCCAUACAAGGAAAUUUUAACAGUUCCAUCGGCUCCGACGGGUACAUGCUCUCGUCCCUGACCUGCGGCAUGGCUCCGGUCACUUCUAUCACCGAAGGACUCCAGCAGGUGGCCACCAUGGGUCUCUUCCGCGUGCUCUCUCUGCUUUACCUCGGAAGUUUCGACACCAUAAUCCGUCGCUGCAUGACAGAAAGAGCAAAAUACGAAAUCACAGACAAAACUGCCUAAACCUGACCCCUCGGGAAAAGAGUGCUUCUGAAUAAUGCGAGCAGCUCGCUGCUAAAUGGGACCCAGCAUUUUGGCCUACAGACACUUAGGUAUCGCUUUUGAACAUGGGAGGUUGGACCAGCGCUCUCCGGCAAGCGGGCAGCAGUGGCGGGGUAGAAGUCCAAGGCCGGACGAUGUUGUUAACACUAUGCAAACGUGGACGAGGAGACCGUCUGAGUCUCUGACACAGAGAGACGAUGACGGCGUGAGACCUGACCGUGGGCGAGCAGGGCGGGCGACGGGCUUCCCGAGUCCUCAUUUACAGUUUUUUUCUAGUUAUCCUUUUGUUUCCCCAUGAGACCCCGUCCAGACGUGUACUUUAUGACACCUAAGAAGUCGUGAGGACUUUUAAAACCUUCCAUGAAAGACGGUUUAUGGGUUCCUGCCACCACCCCACCCCCCUUUUUUUCUUUUGAACGCGGUGUGUUUUUUAGUCAAGAUGAGUUUUUACGCAUCGCCGGCGAGUCGGGACGCAUCAUAACGUCCCCGACUCCCCGUGCUGCUGGUGGACGCCGGUGGCUUCUCUUGCCCUUUGAUCCCAUAAGACGACGAGGGUGGCGGGAGAAGGCAGCGAGGUGAAGGGAGAGGAGACAUUUUCCACUGAGAAAAAUAGCGCUUUCCCGUCUUCUUUAGGUGUGAAUACUUAGGGCUCCGUCACCUUUCGCUCACGGGGACAGGCAGCUGCCGACAAUGUUUUCUGGAGAGAAAUAAAAUCGUAGAAGCUUUAA